CAGCUUUUUAUUUUCGGAACAACCUGAAAGUUAAAAAAAAAAAUUGCCAUUUUUCUCUGCUUUGCGUUCAGAUUAACUUUGCGUUAUUUCACUUGGACAGUCCCCUAGUAUGGUAAACUAAUCGAAUUUGCAAGUUUGGUUUAAAUUUGAAUGUACUUUAAAUCGCGUUUAACUCCCGUUUUCCCGAAGGAUCUCCUCUAGUGUGAUAAAUAUGUAACACGUUUCCCUCUCACUUCACUCCCAGGCUGCUAAUUUCCCAAAUUGCCUCCUUUGUUUGUUAUCCACCGGCCUCCUUUUUGGCAGGUUUUACGAAAACUUGGGGGAUUUAAUUUUCAGGCUGCACUGGAUUUGGUGAAGGAAGGCCAAAGCGCAUAUAAAAUGCCCAGAUUCUCUUCAUCCCAAUUUCGUUUAAAUUAAUAUAUGCUGUUGUUGUGUGCCUUCCAGUCGUUUCUGACUCAUGGCAACCCUACUGUGAACUUAUCACAGGGGUUUCUGACGUUGAGAGAGUGUGACUUGCCACAGGUCACCCAGUGGGUUUCCAUGGCUGAAUGGGGAUUCAGGUCUCCAGAGUCGUAGUCCACUGCUGGAACCACAUAUGAAUUAAUAUGAGUGUAUAUUAUGUGCCUUCAGUUACAUGCCCUAAAGUUUUACCCUUGACUUUUCCACAAGUCAUAUCAAAAUCUAUAACUUUGGCCCCAAGUAUCUCCAUGUCAGCAAAACAAGUAAAGCAGAUUUUAGAUUAGUAAAAUAAAUCUGUUACCUGGCUCUGAUUAUGCAACUAACUGUUGCUAUAGUGAUAUUUAUUUAUACUGAAGGAGUGUUCACAUCAAAGGUUGGAUAAACUCUGUUAGUCAACAUUUGGACCUUUUUUGUUUGUUUUCAGGUUUGCUAGAAGCAAAGUACUGUAUGUUGCUUCCCUGAAGUUUUCUCUGUUCUAAAUCCAACACUUGAAAGAAAUAUAUAUGAAACACAGACUUUUGCCUCUAAGAAAUUUCCAGGAUUUUUCUUACUAUGUCAGAUAAUUCUUAUAAAAGAUGUGACUGAGAGAGUGGGGAAAUCCUGUCCAGAAUUCUGCAUGAGCAAGAAAAGCAACAAAAAAACAUGCCAUCUGAUCAGAUCAGACCUUCCACAUCAGAGCUCCUAGAACUCCACGUUUUUUAUGUUCCGGAGGAAGUGUGGGAUUUCAGGUUGAAUACAGUUCCUGUAAAUGUGAUCAACAAGUUCUUUUCAGCUGGUUUUAUAAGGGUGUCACCUCAUAUGACACUGAGAAGACUCAGAGAGCACUUUGGAGAGUACCUAGGUGAAGAUGCCGUUGUGGAUAAAUUUAUCUUUCUAAAACGUAUUGGAAAGAAACUUGCAGUGGUGAGAACAAAACAAGAGACAGAACUGAAACUUAAAUCAUUUGCUCCUCCAUAUGCUUUUAAUCCAGAACUGUACUUGUUACCAGGAGUUGAAAGUAUUUAUUUGUCUUCAUCAUCAACACCAGAGAAACACCAUGAUAACGCAGAAUAUACACAGUUAUAUACAUCAUAUCAUGGACAAGAGAGUUUAGGUGCUCCAACUCCUGAAGCUGGACAGAAUCCACACAUUUUGGGCAGUUCUUUGAAAAACCAUCUCAGUCAGGAUCAGGCACAUGACAAUUGUUUAAGAUUGAAUGAUAUUGAAAAAACAGGUGUUCCAGGACUCCAUAUACGACAGAGCUCUGAGCAAAGGAAAAAUGAAAAAAAUCAAGAAAAAUAUUGUUCACAAAGAAGAAAAGGAGAAACCAGUUGUAACACAAGCCAAAGGGAAUCCAGUAUAUCUCCAUAUACAUUGAAAAAUCUAAUUCCUGAAAGACAAAAUUCUAUUAAAAAAUCAAGAACAGCGAAAACAGAUCAGAGAAUAUCUCUCAGUCAAGCUCAAGAAACGCAUCAUACUACCAGAAAGAGAGAGAAAUCCAAAGAGCUCAUUUCUUCUCUGCAUGUAAAUCAGAACCGCAAUCAAGAAGAAAACAACCAAACUGAACUGAAUCACAUCCCACAGAAGAUAAGAGAAGAAUCUUCAGUCAGGUUGGGUGAAAAUACAGAAAAUGGAAGCAGUGUAAUAGGAACAGGAAGACACACCACAGGGGAUUCUGGAAUCCCAGAAUCAUUGGAAGACAGAGACUUGGAAAAUUUACGGAGUGAGAAGAGUCAACAGCACCCUGGAAUUACCAAGUCAGUUGCUGACACUGGUAGCAUGCAGGAUAAUCAGACUGAUGAAAAUAACCCAAGUGACUUUGCCCAUCCAAAGCAGUACCUUUCUCCUCCUACUCCACCUCUUCUGGCUCUGUCUGUAAACAGAUUUCAUGUUCCUAACAGAGUAUUUCCAACAGAGGGAAGUGAGCUAAACAGACAGUUGCAUCUUAUCAAAACAGAAAGAAAGGACCUGGAAAAGACUAGAGUGGAACUGAUUAAAAAAGUGAAAGUCUUGCUUGAGCAGAACAAGCUCAGAAGAUAUCAAGCCCGUGAUUACUGGAAGAAAAAGUAUUUUGAAGUAAAGAAAGUCACUGUUUCCCUGGAAGGUGUUUUAAAUAAACUACGGGAAGAUUUUGAGCUUCACUACCAGAAACUGUUGAUGCAACUAGAAGCUAGGGAUAUCAGGAAAAAACAUAAUAUUUUAACAAGCUUCACUCAUUCAAAGAAUAAUACAAUAAUCCAGAUCACAACUCUGCAGCAUGAUAUUGAUCAGCUGAAAAGAAAGCUAGAUAAUGCAAAAGUGAAGCUUGUCAUAGAAAUAAAGUUGAGAAAGCAAGCAACUUCUGAUUUAAGAGAACUGAAGGCAGAACUGGCACAUAAGAAGGUUAAGUCUUUGAAACUCCAGUCUGAAAGACUUGUAUCUCAACCAACCCCGAUUUGAGAUUCUUCUAUGUAUUUUUACAGCUACACACAAAGACUAUUUUUCUUUCACUUGUAUUUUGUUUAAAGAUAAUGGAUAUUUUAUAUGUGUUGAAAUGUGAAUGUUAAAUAGCAGUACUGUAAUUCAUUGUUAAUGUAGCCUGUAAUAGUUAUAGUACUGAUUACAUUAUUAUCCCAAUCCAUCAUAUGCAGGAAUAAAAGUCAACUGAGAAGGGGAAUUCCAAUUGUUUGUGCUGGAACAGCACUACUGUAUUUAGAGAGUGUGAAAGCUUCACUUUCAGGACUGUGAAGACUUUAGAGCUCUUUCAAUCUCUUUUUGGGAUGGUGAAGAGAAACUGGAUUGACCUGAGAUCUUUCCUCAGUUUCUAGCUGUCAAGAGGCUAUACUUUUGGCAAGAGCAGCCUUGAAAGUGUGGCAGUGUAAAAGGACAGCCAUUUUCUGUGGAGAUAAUAGCCUGAGGUUGGAAAGAACAUUUAUCUGAAAUCUAAGGCAGAAGACAAAGAAAUAUUAGCAAAUGUCUCUACUUCUUGUACUUAUUUGUAAGCUAGGUAAAGAGCAUGGUACUUUUAUCUUUCAGACUUCUGCACAGUUGUGAAUCUCAUCUAAAUCAGUUUUGCUUCUUCAUAUAGUUGGGAUUGCAGUUUCAACUAUACUCUGAUACAUAUCUGUGUUAAACGUACUAGUAUCCCUCUUAUUGCUGUUCACAAAGGUCAAAUAAUACCAAUAGUUGUAAUUUCUAGUUGGUUUUCUGGUACAAACAGAAUGUCUCAAAUGGUGUGUAGUAGAGUCUGGUGAACUGAGAAUAUCAGCCUCCUUCUCUCCUCUCUGUUUCUGUUUCAUGGCAUGAACUGACCGAUUAAAACUUUCU